UGUAUGCAACUGUCAUUCGGUGAUGGCAUGGUUCGUUUCUUACGAGACUUUUCUCGAAAAUUACGAGAAUCCCUAGUCAUUCAAAACUAGCACGCGGUUUAUUUGUAAGCAUAUUGUGUGUUUGAUCAAUCUCUAACGUUGCGAUCAAGUUCAGUGACCAGGACGUGUCAAAAAUCUUGACUGUCACGGCGUAACUUGACUUUUCGCGUGUGAUACUCUGAAGAUUAUAAAUCCUGAGACCUUGUGCCAAGUUAGAUUCUUGAAAAAUGGCCAAGUGGGGCGAGGGUGACCCCAGAUGGAUCGUGGAGGAGCGACCUGACGCCACAAACGUGAACAACUGGCAUUGGACUGAGAAAAAUGCAGGGCCGUGGUCGAAGGAGAGGCUAAAAGAAUUGCUGAAUAACUAUAAGAUAGCUCAGAAUGGUGUGAGUUGUAAGAUUGUGGAGGUGGAGAAACUCGAUGGGGAGGCGUCAGCUAACAAUAGGAAAGGAAAACUAAUAUUUUUCUAUGAAUGGGACAUAAAGUUGAAAUGGGAAGGAACCCUGGCUGGUAGUUCGGAAACUGUGAAGGGGGAAGUGAGCAUUCCCAACUUGUCGGAAGAAAAUGACGUUAGCGAAGUCGAUAUUUCAGUCACAAUCAAAGGCAGCGGUGAAGAGGCUCAGAGAGUCAAAGCAUUUAUGCACAACGUUGGCCGAGAUAAAAUCCGGACCCAACUCACCGAAUACAUUCGCAGUCUCAAAGAAGAAUUCUCCAAAGGUCUAAUCCUCCCCAAGAAAGGUGAAACAACCGUCAAACCGGAUAAUGUGUCCAUGAUUACCAGCGGUUUUAAUAAGAAAGUUAGUAUGGACCCGAUACUCGCUCCGAAAGCUCAGCAGAUUGGAUGCAAGUUAGACACGAAGAGUAUUGAGCUGUCCGAGAAGUUCCAGUGUCGUGCUCAGGAGUUUUAUGAUGCUAUGACUCGAAUAGAAAUGGUUACUGCUUUCACACAGGGCCACGUGAAAAUGGAAGCAGAGAAAGGUGGCAAGUUUGCCCUGUUCGGUGGCAACAUCACCGGCGAGUUCCGGGAGCUGGUGCCGCCUAAAAAGAUAGUGCAGUACUGGAGAUACAAGCAGUGGCCCGCACAGCACUUCUCUGAAGUCACCUUCACUAUUGAUGAGAAGGACGACCACACCCUAGUGACAGUGAAACAGGACCUUGUGCCCACUGCAGAAGUAGAUCAGACUCGCGACAACUGGCGGCGGUACUACUUCGACAGUAUUAAGCGAGCGUUCGGCUUCGGAGCGUUUCUGUGAUGUGCACAGUUAAUUAGGUUCAAUUUUACCCAUAAAGUGUUUCUGAUGAAGAAUGCACCCGAGGACAAGUUAUAUAAAAUGCAGGAUUUCAUUUUAUGUAAAUUUUGUAUUGCCACUGUGAUGAAUAACAUAACUAUGCCGAUUUGUGCAAAAGCUAAAGGGGCGUGCUUUCAAGGCUUUAUGAUACUUCCAAAUAUCUAGCUAAUAUCAAUCUGUACUAAGCACUUCUUGUAGUCGAAAAACUUAUCAUAUCCUAAUAAAAUGGACUAAUAUGUGUUUUUGAGUUAUUUGUCACUGUUUGAUGUUGUCCAGAUAUAACUAAAGUAGAUAAAUAAUAUUCAAAUAUUUAAUGUCGACAUUAUAUUAGAACUGCCAUUUAAUCUACCUCAAUCCAAUUGGCCUAUGUCUACUUUUGGGCUGAAACCUCUUGCGCUUAAUCAUAAAACCAUUUUCCAUGUAAACAGUACUAAUAGACUAUUUUAACUGCACUUAAAAAUAAUCAUCUUAUGACAGUUGCGCAAUGUUGUUGUAUUUGCGCAAUUUUUGCGCAUAGUUUGCGCAAUGUGCGCUAAUAAUACAUCAGCUUAUGUCAUGUUCAUCUUCCAUAAAAUUAAUAAAUACUUAAAUAGCCUUGAAUCCACGUCCAUGACAACAUAAUAAAAAAAUCUAAGAAUCUUAUUAGCCAAUUGCAAUCGUUAUUUUGCGCCAAAAUUUUGUAGAUAAUACAGACAGAUAUACAAUAUUUAAACGGUACAUGUUAGUACUAAAAUUAUAGUGUUUCACUAGUGCACAGAAUUUUCUGUACUUAUAAAUAAGCAUAAUAACUAAAUAUUGUCUUGAUGAAGAUCACUCUUGCUACAGUCAAAAAUUACGUUAUUAUUGUUUAAAUAAGUAUUGAACAAAAUACAUAAGACUUAAUAGUUACAGAAAUUUGUACCCCAUAUCGUAAGUUUGAUCUCUCUGAAAGAUAUUUUUAGGCAAAUUGAAUGAAUUUUCUAGAAACGUAAUAUUGUGUGUCUGUCUGUAUAUCUAAGCGAUGAACUUUGCUUAAUUCUGUAAGUAGCUGAUAUACCUAUGUGUAAACGUUUUUUUUUAAUUUAUGGGAUUUGAUUCACCAAUAAAUUAUGUUAGAUAUAA